AUGUCAACAAAAGGAUCACCAUUUGAUGCAAAAGUAACUUCAAUUGAACCAUUAAAACAAGGAAAAUGGAUUCAAACAAAAUUAAUAAAUUAUGAUGAUCCAACUGGUAAACAUAGAGAAUGGGAAAUGGCAGUUAGAACUACAAGAUCAGAUACUACAAAUGUUGAUGCUGUAUCAAUAGUUUCAAUUUUAAAUCACCCCAACAAGUCAAAAGAAAUAGUAUUAGUUAAACAAUUUAGACCACCUUGUGAACAAGUAGUUAUAGAAUUGCCAGCUGGAUUAGUUGAUCCAAAAGAAUCAAUAGAAACUACAGCAACAAGAGAAUUAUUAGAAGAAACAGGAUAUCAUGGAACUUUUAAAAAACAAUCAGUUAUAACAUUUAGUGAUCCAGGUUUAACAAAUGCAAAUAUGGUAUUAGCUUAUGUUGAUGUUGACUUGCAAAAUCCUAAAAAUUCAAAUCCAAAAGCUAAAUUAGAAGAUAGUGAAUUUAUUAUAACUUUUAGUUUACCUUUGGAUAAUUUAUUAAAUGAAAUUGAAAAAAUUUGUAAAGAAGAAAAAUGUACUGUUGAUGCAAGAUUAUAUCAUUUUGCAAUGGGGUUGAAAUUAGCUGAAGAGUAUAAAUUGUAA